AUGGCUCUGCCUCCACGUCCACAUGCUGCUAUGUCCGCCACGCCUCGCCGCCCGCCACCAAUGACGAGAGCAUCCGCGAGUCCCUCCCGUCUCAGUACUGGCCCGCUCUGCCACACGAUCUGCGAAUCAGUCAACUUCCACUGCGAUGAUGAAGACGUCGACGACUGGAUUGGUCAGAUCUCGCACAUCGCGUGUUACGCUAACAUCAACGAUGCGUUCAAGUGGCUCCACACACUUUCGCUAACUGAUCUGGCAGCCUUGCAAACGUGGGCGGAUUGGCAAGUGGCAUUACGACGCGAGUUCCGGAAGGCUAACUAUGAUAUUAGCAAAUCUGAACAGCUUCGCGCGCGUCGGUGGCGGCAAGGCGAGGCUUUCUCGCAAUACUUCGCCGACCGACGCAAGCUUCAGAAGAUCGUCUUCGGUGAGAAUGCAGCCGAUCAAGUGUUGAUCAGUGAUCUCUUACUAGGUGUCCCAACUAACAUGCACGCGCUCAUCAAUACGAGUAUGGGAUACCCCGCAGGUUCCACAAUAACUAUCGCAGAUUUCAAGCGUCUCAUUGUAGACAUCGAACAUAGCCUCGGGAGUCAGUACGGACAUCUACUGUCGUCGCCGACUGCUCCGCCUUCCAAUGGCUUGACAUUUGCUAACCCUUGCACUGGUCAUCUCUAUGUGGAGGAAGAUUCCUCGGACGAAGACGAAGCAGACGAGUCUUCGGACGAGGAUGAAACAGGCCACACAAGUGAAAAUGGCUCACGGGCUGAUGUCCACGAUGACCUCGACUAUGAGGGUUCGUCAGCAUGUUCGGAAGGUGCUGGUGCUGAUGAUCUCGGUCAUAGCGAUGUUGACUCGCGCUCGGAAAUCGUUGGGUCCGAUGGCGAGUUGGAUGCGCGUUCCGAUGAUUACCAUAGCAUGUAUGAUGAAAACGAAGAGUCAGCAUGA